GGGCGAGCGGAAUAGCUAUAAGGAUCAUGAUACCUAAAAGUUAAAGGACAGUUGUUUCCCUUUACUAAUUACCUUGAACAAUCGCCGCGUGACACAGAUCAAGAAAAAGUUUUGAAACACCGAUGUUAAGAACUAUUUCACGUUAUUCAGGAUUAUUACAUCAACGUCUACAAUCAACAAUGGCCGUUUCUCUAGCCGACAUACAGUCCCCGGGCGCAGCGAAAAACCCCAAGCUGAAGGCAGUACCCGAUGUUGAAAUCGAUAAAAAUGGAAAAUUUAAAUAUAUUCUCAUAAAAGUGCACGAUCCAUCAAAAGAACGAGAAUUCAAACAUAUAGUAAGAGGAUCAGGGAAGGCAGCUUAUCACGGUGACAUAUUUGAUGAAGUAGCUCCGGCAAUAGAGGAGGCUGGACUAGACUGUGAAUGUCUAGGUGGAGGUAGAAUUCAUCAUGAUACAGGGAAAAAGAAGAUAGAAAUAUUUGGAUAUUCACAGGGAUAUGGACAAGCCAACCACAGCAUCACAGCCCGUAUUUUGAGCAAGAAGUUUCGUGAUUACGACAACAUCACAUGGAACAAUGAUGGUUACUAGUAGCAACCAGGACCAAUAAAAGGGAGAUCACUCUUUGCAUUGUAUAGAGCUCAACAAAGGGAGAUUACUACUGCUGACUUCAGAUUAUCAAGGGAAAGAACUCUUGGAUUUAUUAAAAGCAGUCUAGAGCCAUGUAGUAGAUGCUGAUUUUAGACAGUUACAAGUUUUUCUUCAUCAAGAUUGAACUUGCCCAGUUGUUAAAUUACUGAAAAAUAUGUUGUUUAUGAUUUAUUUUCUUAAUCUAGAAAUUAUGUUAAAUAAAUUUUGUGUAAUGAAUUACAGUGUGUAAUUGAAAUAUGUCAUUAAUAUAUGUCAUGAGUAUAAACUCAAUAUUGUUUUCAGUUUUGGUGUAGGCACAUUGUGCAUAUUAGAAAAUAUUGGAAAAGCAUGAAAAAAAAUUUAAUUUUUAAAAUCAGGCUGUAAUAAUUAUGUUUGUUGAAAUUUUAGAUUUUUGUGGUUAAUAUAAUUAUAUAAGGGGAAAAAAUGCAAUAAUUUUCAAUAUUAAAUGAUAAUAAUUAGAUUUUUAUAGCAAAUUAAAAUCAGAAUAUACUUCGUGUAUUGAUUUUGAGUUUUGGAAAAAUUUUAAAAUUUAUGUUGAUUUUUUCAUAUCAAACUACGGUAUAUGGAUUUUUGGGGGUUUUUUAUUUUAAAAAAUAUUAUCAUAUUUCUUUAAUGAGCAAGACUUCAUAUAAAAGGUAGAUACAUGUACCUCAAAGACUAUUUGAAGUGCCUACAGCUAUAUUUAUAUGAUUGUAAAAAUAUAGAUUUGUUGUCAUGGUGAACAUUCCUCUUGUAAUUCUUUAAAAAAAAGUAAUGAAAAAUCUAUACUGCGAUCCUUUGUAUUUAAAUUUUUUGCUUCUAGCCCAGUUACUAUUAGAAAUGUCUUUGUCAUGUUUUAAUGAAUCUAAAUUUAAAAUUCUUACAAAUCUUUCAUCAUUCAUUUCAUAGUGCAGUAUUUCCAUGUUUAUAUUGUUUCAUAGUGGGUUUGUUUUUUUAAAAACCAACAUUUUUUUUUAGUAUUUCCGAAGACUGAUUGAAUAGCAUAAAAAGUAAAUAGGUUGAAAAUGAGAAUUUGGAAGCAUAGCGUACUGCUUCUGGAGAGCAACACCUUUUAGGAAACAAACAUUUUGGUUGUUGUUGAGAGGUGGUUUCUCUAGACAGGUUUAUUUUCUACUCUUGUUGUAAAGAGGUGAUUGCUAUAUAAAGGGCUACACUGCAGAGGUUACACUGUAUUCAAUGCACUACUCCACCAGUUGUCAUUUUCAAAGUUUGUCCUAUUUACUAUAAGCCAAUCGACAACUAACUUUUUUCCCCUCGGUGACAGUCAGUCUCAUGUUUUUAAAUUUUAGCCUUCUUUGUUAUGAAAAUUAAUAUACACACAUCUUACUAACUUUGAAAUGAGAUUAGAAAAAAUAAGCAUAUUACUAGUAUCCAGUACUUGAAAGUGGGAAUUUUUUUUUAUACUAGUUAACAAACAUCAUUUAUAAUAUUCUGUCACAUUCUUUUAAUUUUUUUUUGAAAUGAAAAAUAUUUGGGUAUUUUUGUGAAGCUUUCAGACUUGCUCUGUUAGGCAUUGUAUUAGCAAAGUAACAAUAGAUAUAAAGUUUUUGUCUAUAUUAAAUGUGUGUUGUUUGUAAUAAUAAUAAUGUCCAUAUCUAAAAGAUGUAUACAUAUUAGUUAUAUUUUCUUUGUGUGUGUUUCUUUUCUUCCAAUAUUUGUUGGAUUUGACAGUAAGGCAGAGCAAAAAUGGUUCUGUUCCUGGUCUCCAAACGCCUGCUGUUAAAAAAGAGGGUAGGUAAGACGGCUCCAAACAGAACUCUUUUUAUCUGUGAGUUAAAUAAGUGUAUUUUUAUGAAACAUGACUUUCGUUGUCAUGGCAAUGUAUUGUGAGAUUUGUCAGAUUUGAUUUCAAAUGAAUAUAGUAAAUAGUGACACAGUCGUACUUGUACAUGUUGCAGUUAUUAGAUUUUAGGGUGAUUUUUUUGUGUAUUUAGUUUCUUUGUGAUUUUUAGGUAUAUUUUGUAGCAUAGGUACAAAUAUUUGUUGUUGUACGAUUUUGUAAACAUGAAACUGAAUUGAUUUCUUUAUCAACAAAUGAGAAUUCUGUAUGGAUAAUGAUGUCAUAUUUUUAAUUUAUUACAUAAAAAACACGUGCAUUUGAUGAGUCAACAUUUAUUUUAAGACCAGAUGUAACCAGCAACUUAUAUUGGAAACCCACUUUUUGACAUUUUCGAAGCCAUUGAAAAUUUGAAUUUUUUUUUCCUCAGAAACUAAUUGUUCUUAACUACUAACUUUGACUUAAUUAUUAACAUAUGAUUAUAUAACAUAGUUAUCAGUAUUCUUUUAGAAAACUCAUUGUUACACUACACACCUGCUUUAUAUAAAAAGUUUGUAUUUCAUAGGAUCUUAAAGUGCACAUGUAUGCCUGUCUCCAUGUUGGAAUUUUCUAGAAAAUAAUGAUGUCAUGAUGGAAAAUAUACUCUCAUGUGACACAGAGGUGCAUAAUUAUAUUGUUAAGAUGAAAACAUUCGAAAUAAGUGAUACAGUUAAGAUGAAAAUUGUCAACAAAAAAAAGACGAGAGUUGCUUCGCGUUUUAUUAUGAUACUACCUUAAUUUAGUUGAUAUUAAAUGAUAUUACUGAUUUGUUAGGGUUCAUGAUUCUUAACAAUUUUCUUAUGAGUUAGUUUAGUUUUGUUCCCAACUGUGCGAGAUGCCAGUGUUCUUUCAGUAAACUAGUCACUAGAAGAAUUUUGAAAUAAAUUGUGAGGGGAAUAAAGGAAAAAUUUAUAUCACAAGGUUUUCCUGACUUUUUUUGUUGUUGACAAAUCUCUGCUAGCUUGUAACCAAGGUCUUUUAGUUAAUUAUUGUAAAAGAAAAGAAGGGUAAAACAGAGUUCAAAUAAGUAAUCAAUCAUGGAUGGCAUAGACCUCAGUGGUUAAAUAAUGAAGUAUCUGAGCUUCAGUAUCGGAUGAUUAACAAUAAGAUGGUCUAUAAAAAAUAGACAUAUACUGAAAUAUUGAAAGUUAAAUGAGGUUGAAGUUGAAAUUACUUCCAUGCUAUUUGUGGAUUAUUUAUUUUCUAAAAAAAAAAAAAAAGAUCAUACAUCUUGUCGAAAAAAGGUUAUGUUUUAUUAUAUUAAUUAAACAUACAGCUUUGUAGAUUUUUGUUCUACAUUGUUGUUUAACUGUAAUACAAAAUAACCCUUGAUAAAGAAUUAAUUUCAAUUUUUUUUUUAUUUGGAUAUAUUCUCACUUGUUAAAAAAAUGGAAACACAAAAUAUAAGAUAUUAUUUUAGCCAUAAAACAUGAAGACAGAGUGAGUUGUGAUUGAGUACAAUUUUGUGUCAGAUUGUUUUUUCCCCAUUAUUUAUGUGGGCUCUUUUAUAUAUCAUAUAUCACCUAGGUAACACAAUUUAUCAGUUUUAUUUUGUAAGCCUGAUUGAUAGUAGUGAUUAUUUUACUGAUUUAAGUUUAAAAAAAAAGUCAAGAUAAAUUUUUUCUCUCGUUAAAUAUACUGUUCUAAAUUUCUUGUUGCUGAAUAUAAAAAGUAAUUUAUACGGUUUUCUCUUUUUAAAAGUACUUGUUUUUAAACAUUUUCGUUACAUUAUUUCAGUCCCUCAUGAAAUUAUGAAUAAGUUUUUUUGAGGCGAUAUUUUUUAAAUAAAUCAAAUAGUAUGUUAUAGUUAUAAAUAACUUAAACAAGUCUCAUGAAAAGUAUUCAGAAGCAUUCUAAUGUGUACUAUCAACAAAGAGUGUCAUAAUUCUGUGAAAAACUUAAAAGGAAGAAAAGUAAUCUACAAAUUGUGAGUGAAAUAUUUGUUACAUCAUCAUUUAUCGUCAUGUUGUUGUUGUUGUAGUUUGAGUCAUCAGUUUGUCCUUUAUUGCAGCAGACGUCGGGUUUAUUGUUGCUAUGGUAACAGAUUAUAAGAUUUCAUACUGCAUGUUUUGUAAUGACAAUUUUCAUUGGAUAAUCAUGAUACCUGUAUUAUCUAUAUUAACAUGACUAGUACAAAAUUAUAAAUUUUUCUUUUUCCUUUUUAAUCAAAAAGAGCAGUAGCGCAAGUUUGUUUAACUUUAUUUAAUUAUAUGGCCAUGCAUAAACUGCAGCUUGCUAUAUGGUUCCAGUUUUAUAUGAUUACAAGCAUUUAUACCAGGCCAUAUAACCUGUCACAAAAUCUUUAUUAGCUGAUUUUAUAACCCAGUCCAAACAAUUCCUGAUAUCACUGUUUUAUUUACUGUAUAUUAUAUAUAUAUGCUUUUUUUUUCAAGUGAAAUAUUAGGUGACAUCUGUGUUUUUACUGUAUAAGUUAUAAUUUAACAAAAUUUAAUUUGUUAAUUAAAUGAUGUGUGUUAUAUAUGUAAAUUAUAAUUUUUGGUACAUGUAUAUUGUUUAGCAUGCCUCCAGAUUACUGUCUAUGAUAUUCUAAAGUGCAUUAAACAGUAAAAAUUAUUUUAACCAUUUAAAUAUAUGUAGAUAACAAACUUUUUUUAAAGUCAUACAUAUUUACAAAUCUCCUGAAAGGGACUUGGGAUUCUUUCAUGUGAGGGCACUCCCAGCUUGCUUAUAGAACAUUGAUUGUUCUACUCAGGAGCAAGCUAGUGCCUGAUAUAAUGCACAGAGGGACAGUGGCCUAAGAUGUCUCCCCAACCAGUGAUAUAUAUGUAAAACAGUGUUCUUCUAACAUAAAACCCAACAACAAUUUUUUGUUUUGUUUGAAGUCAGCUGUAUGAAAGAAAGCAGAAUUUUGGAGUUUAUAAUAAAGAAAAAAAUUUAGUCAUGUUUUAUUUUUGAUUUUGUAAAGUAUAUAUAGACAGCAGAUAUUAAUGUUUAUCUUCAUUGCUGAAUAUGUUAAUUUUUUGGUCUGGAGGCAUGUAGCUUUUUAAUUUUUCAAUUUUUUAGUGCAGGGGGAGUAAUCACUAUGAAUUUUAGUAUUUUGUGAACAUUUGUUGUCUCCCUUUGUAAGCAUUUUUUUGUGUUUUGAGUUUUGGUUAUUUUCAUUUUUUUUUAUAAAAUGAUCUGUAUUAUUAUUUGAAUAAAUUCCUGUGAGGAUUAAAGAGUACAAGUAA